AUGGACGGUCCGAACUAUGCAUUAGUAACUGGCGAAAUUAAGAACCUCUACGUAUGUGGCGCUCAUAACGACAAGUACCGUACGCGUCACUGGGCGGAGCCACACCCGUCCGAUUCAUCGAUCUGGGCUGUUUGUUCUUUGAACGCACUCAUACUGAGAUAUAAAACGGGCUGUCUCGCUGCUUGCUUGCCCUCAAUCUGCUGCGCAGCAUCCCUCCACGAUCAAAUUCAUCCACCUCUAUCGUGCCCAUUCUUUCAUCACACACUCUAUAUGCGCUCCCUCAAGAUUCCCGCGACUCCGGACCACUAUCCCGCCCGCUCACGCCGGUGGCAGCCACGGGAUCCCCGCGGCCGUCCGUCUACGCAGCCACGCCGAUUCCUGCCCCACCUCUUCCUGCACCCAGGGCCCACCUCGGCCGGCCUGGCCACCCCGCCCGGUUCGUGGACGCACGUGCUCCGGGUGGCCACGGCGACUAGCGAGCACCCCAGCGGCACCUUCGCCGUCGCGCAGUCUGCGCACAGCACGCACUUCCUGACGCUGUACGUCGCGGCCUCGGACAUCGCAGACCCUGGCCGGGACACGGCGCGGCUUAUUCUGGGCCCGCGGCAGCUCAUGGCCGCGCGCGACUUCCUCGCGCUGGCGCUCCCUCAUGGCCCGGAGCUCGGUGCUCCCGACGACGUGCACGUGCUUCCCGCGGGCCUGGAGGCCCCGCGUGUGGUGCUCGUCGGCCCGCAGCGGACGUUGCUCGUCAUUGCGCUCGUGUACCGCGCCUUCGCGGCCUGUUCCUCAGUUAAGACUGUCAUCGAGGCCGCUAUGGAGGAUGAAGAGGAUAUAGAAGACCGUGAGCUGCUCGGUGGGGAUGCAAUGAUGGGUCUGAGUGCGCGUGAGAUUCAGGUGCUGGAGUAUUUCGCAGCGGGGGGCGAUGACAUGAUGUGA